UUUUCACAAAGAUUGUGGCAAUUAGUUAGUAUGAAAAAUGACAAUUAUCUAAACCAGUAGUUCUCUAAUUGUAUUCCCUUGUGGCCUAUUUUCAGCGAAAAAAAUACUUCAAACUUGUAAAGCCUUUGGGAAAAGAAGCAUCGCAAAUUACUUUAAUCUUGUAACACCUUUAAGUAAAAUUUCUAGUAUAAUAAGAAUGUCUUUUUAUUAAUAUUAACAAUACAGUGAAAGUUCCAAUACCCAAACUAAUACUUGUGUCUAUUCAUCAGCUUGUCAAGCUAAACUCCCAAACCUUGGUCCACAGGUCCAUUUCAAAAAUUCCCGGGACCACACGUUAAUAAAGUUUGCUCUAAGUUUCCAAAUUAAACUAUUUGAAAUCAUUUAUGAAAUGACAAUAUUUCUACACCAAUUUACUUUAUAGGGUGUUCAUGAAGUCCUGGAAUGUUUUAAAAAUGCUAAGGAAGUUGAUCCAUACCAUAUAUUGUCCAUACAAGUCCCUUUACAAUUUCUAUUUUAUUAUGAAGUCAGUUCUCAAUACAUCUUAACCAGGUUUGUUGUUUUUUAGUCAGUAAUUGUUCAAGUACAUUUACUUCACAUCUGUGAGGGUCGAAACAAUAUAUGAAUAUUUUUUUAAAGACUUCAUGGACACCCUAUAUAUUCCAUAUUCAUUAUUAUAAUUCCUUGAAUCAUACUUGUGCUGAAUGUUCUGUAUUUUUCAUAAAUUAUGACGAUAUUGUUCCUUUUCACAGAUUUAAUAACAGAUAAUAUCUAUAUUCAGUUAAUUUAUAUUUGCUACUGAAAACGGGAUUCAUAUGGAAAUAACAAACUGGAUAGUUCGGUUUUAAAUUGAGAAACACCGGACAAUUGUGAAUUUUAUAUUUUCUUCCAGUUUUCUGUGGAUAUCAUAAAAAUUGGAUUUUAUUGUCUGUACCAAGACUGGUGUAAGAACAUCAAACUGAAAGAUAAUAAUUUGGUAAAACAAAGAGGUUUACCUAUGCGAGUCCUAUUUUUCGCUGAAACAUUCGAAGAGUCCUUUAGAAAAAUCUUGGACCUUUACAGUUAGUUUAGCUUGUUUGAGAGAACUCGGAAAUUUUGGUUUUAUAAAACAAGAGGCACCGUUUUUGUGAAUCGUUUUCUGACUGGAAUUUUUGGAUCUGUAUUUGGAGAACCGGAAUAAGAAAAAGGUGUUGAAUUUAUAAUUGGACAUUUAUAUUAUUGUGGAUCUACCUAACUGGAUUACCUGAAGAAGCGACUCUUUCAUACAUAAUGCUAACACUGUCAAAGAAAAUAAAAGAGUCUGGAAAAGGAGACGCCAAGAAGAAAGAAUCCUCCCCGAAGCCACAGCAUGGCCGAGUUUCAAUCCGCGAUCGAUUACUGAUCGGGGAGGUUCAAGAAUUAGAAAAAAAUAUCACUUCAGCGACAUGUAAAGUGACUUUUCCAGAAGCGGACUGUUUGCAUAAAUUUUUUGUUGAAAUUUCCCCAGAUGAAGGGAUGUGGGAGCACGGGACAUAUGAAUUCAAAGUUGAAGUGCCCGAAAAUUAUAACAUAGCGCCACCGAAUGUAAAAUGUAUGACAAGAAUUUGGCAUCCUAAUAUUACCGAGAACGGGGACGUAUGUUUAAGUCUAUUAAGGGACCAUUCGUUGGAUGGGACUGGUUGGGUACCGACACGCACCCUAAAGGAGGUAAUAUGGGGACUUUGCUCCCUAUUUACGGACUUAUGUGACUUUGAUGACCCAUUGAAUGUUGACGCAGCAGACCAUUACCAUCGAGAUAAGAAAGGCUUCACUAGAAAAGUUCAGUAUUAUAUACAAAGAUAUGCGUACCACGAGAAAUAGACAUACCGUAUAUUCUAGCGUAUAAGAUGUUCUCGCAUAUAAGCCGGCGUCCUAAAAAUGGCCUUAUAACGGUGAAUUUAUAAAAAUUUACGUAUGAGUCGACCUUACGAAUCGUAACCCACCGUAUGCUAGGGAUGUCAAAUUCAAUAUUUGAAUAUUGCUACUUUCGAAUAUCGUUUUUGUUUUAAUGCAAAUAUCUAGAGUUAUGCUCAUAUAGGCCAGGGCUACUCAACUAUUUUUAUCGAAGGUCCGCAAACAAAACUUCAAAAUUAUUUGGGUCCGGUCAUUCCAUAAAUGAUAUUUUGUCAUCCUUAAACGAGCACUUCCUCGACCGACUAAUG